AUGGUGCUGCUGUUUUCCAUCUACUUCAACCUGCUGCUCAGCUACGCCACCGGUCUCGUACCGUUCCGUUACAACUUCCGCCGAAGACGCUUCGAGUCCUGCACACCGUGCGUGCCCGUUGCAAUCGUGCUGCUGCUCCUGUUCGCCGCCGCACAGUACAAGCUCGGUCGGCUGCCCGAGCGCAUGAAGAUCCCCAAGGUGGGCAUGCAGGACAUCAUACAUGCGGUGGAAAACUUGGUCCUGAACGGCAACUGUGUGCUGAUCGCCGUGCAACAAUUGCGAUUUCUCGAAACCUAUCGUCGGCUUCUUACCGACCUGCUGGCCAACGCACGUACCUUCGCCCGUGCCGGCCGGGUCGGGCGCACCCAGCAAGCGGAACUUCUUGCCCAACUCGUACUGCUUCCGUGUGCCGUCUACACGCUGCACACGUCCAUCUACCUCACGCUGGUCGAAUGGGCGGAAAUCAACAUUGUCCAUGCAGUACUCUUUAUGGUCAGCCUCAUUCCCAACAUGGCACACGUGAACAACUUUUACGCCCUGCUGUUUGUACAGCGAUUGACGCUCGGGGAAAUCAACGACAAACUCGCCAACCUGUGGACCAUCUGCAUACGGCCCGGAGAUGCGACCCAGCUACCGCCACCUGUGGUCGAAGUGCUUCCGGCAGCCCGUCGCCUCCAGCUCCAUCUCGUCGAGUAUCAACAGUGUGCCGGCACCGUGCAGACGAUCCUGCGCCAGUACUCCCUGACGGUGGCACUGUAUUUGUUAAUUCUGUUCCAAGAGCUCAUAUCGAAGUUCUUCUAUCAAUUUACACACUUUUACACACUCUCGCUCGGGAAUGAUAGCCCGUUCGAGCUGGAGGCCAUGGGAACUGCAAUGAUUCUCGUGUACGGGUUCGAUACGGCACAGUUGAUUGCGAACUGCUACGCAAUAUCUGAACAGAGCGAAAGGAUCAAAUCGUCCGUGCAUCGGCUCUCGUUGAUUCCCGGGCAGGAUAAAUAUUUUCACGAGACGAUUAAGACGUUCCUGCUGUCGCUGAACCAUUCGAUCCUGAAAAUCAACAUAGCUGGAUUGUUUACAAUGGAUUUCGAGCUGCUUACCGGGGUAAGCAGAACGACGCGUGAUCUGGUGGCAUGGAUUCUGUAAAUUAAUACUUUUUCUCCAGAU